AUGAGUACCGACGCGGAAAUGGCCAUUUAUGGCAAAGCCGCCAUUUACCUCCGCAAGCCAGAGAAGGAGAGGAUUGAGGCUCAAAACAGGCCGUUCGAUGCCAAGACUGCUUGCUUUGUGGCCGAUGCCAAGGACCUGUACGUCAAGGGCACAAUCUUAAGCAAGGAGGGUGGCAAAAUCACUGUGAAGAUCACCGAAUCCCAAGAGACUGUAACAGCUAAGGAGGAUGAUGUCACACCAAUGAACCCUCCCAAGUUCGACAAGAUUGAGGACAUGGCCAUGAUGACCCACCUCAAUGAAGCCUCUGUGCUGUAUAACCUCAAAGAGCGUUAUGCAGCAUGGAUGAUCUACACCUACUCUGGCCUGUUCUGUGCCACUGUGAACCCCUACAAGUGGCUCCCAGUGUACGAUGCUGAGGUGGUGUCUGCCUACAGAGGCAAAAAGCGUAUGGAGGCACCACCCCACAUCUUCUCUGUCUCUGACAAUGCCUACCAGAACAUGCUCACAGAUAGAGAGAACCAGUCUGUCCUGAUCACUGGAGAAUCUGGUGCUGGAAAGACUGUGAACACCAAACGUGUCAUCCAGUACUUUGCAACAAUUGCUGUGACUGGGAGUGAAAAAAAGAAGGAUGCGGGCCCUGGCAAAAUGCAGGGUUCUCUGGAGGAUCAGAUCAUUGCUGCUAAUCCUCUGCUGGAGGCCUAUGGUAAUGCCAAGACAGUGAGAAAUGACAACUCCUCCCGUUUUGGUAAAUUCAUCAGAAUUCACUUUGGCUCCUCUGGAAAACUGUCCAGUGCUGAUAUUGAGACUUAUCUGCUGGAAAAGUCUAGAGUGACAUUCCAGCUUCCAGAUGAGAGAGGCUACCACAUCUUCUACCAGAUGAUGACCAACCACAAGCCCGAGCUGAUUGAAAUGACACUCAUCACCACCAACCCCUACGAUUUCCCUAUGAUCAGCCAGGGUCAAAUCACUGUGGCCAGUAUUAAUGAUGUGGAAGAGUUGAUUGCCACUGAUACUGCCAUUGAUAUCCUGGGCUUCAGCAAUGAAGAGAAAAUGGGCAUCUACAAAUUGACUGGUGCUGUGAUCCACCAUGGCAACAUGAAGUUCAAACAGAAGCAGCGUGAGGAGCAGGCUGAACCUGAUGGCACAGAUGUGGCUGACAAAGUUGCCUAUCUGCUGGGCCUGAACUCUGCUGACAUGCUGAAGGCUCUUUGCUAUCCAAGAGUAAAGGUCGGCAAUGAGUUUGUGACCAAGGGCCAGACUGUGCCACAGGUCUCCAACUCAGUCAUGGCUUUGGCUAAGUCUAUCUAUGAGAGAAUGUUUUUGUGGAUGGUUGUUCGUAUCAACCAGAUGUUGGACACCAAGCAGCAGAGAAACUUCUUCAUUGGUGUGCUGGACAUUGCUGGUUUUGAGAUCUUUGAUUACAACAGUAUGGAGCAGCUGUGCAUCAACUUCACCAAUGAGAAACUGCAACAGUUCUUCAAUCACCACAUGUUUGUGCUUGAACAAGAAGAGUACAAGAAGGAGGGUAUUGACUGGGAGUUCAUUGACUUUGGCAUGGACUUGGCUGCCUGCAUUGAGCUUAUUGAGAAGCCCAUGGGUAUCUUCUCCAUCCUCGAAGAGGAGUGCAUGUUCCCCAAGGCCUCAGACACUUCCUUCAAGAACAAGCUGUAUGAUCAGCAUCUUGGAAAGUGUGCUGCUUUCCAGAAGCCUAAGCCAGCCAAGGGCAAGGCCGAGGCACACUUUUCCUUGGUGCACUAUGCUGGCACAGUGGAUUACAACAUCGUUGGCUGGCUGGACAAGAACAAGGAUCCACUGAAUGAGUCUGUUGUGCAGCUGUACCAGAAGUCCUCAGUGAAACUUCUGGCUCUUCUGUAUGCCAAUGUUGGUGGUGCAGAAGCUGAGGCUAGCAAGGGAGGCAAGGGAGGCAAGAAGAAGGGAGGUUCCAUGCAGACUGUGUCCUCUCAGUUCAGAGAGAAUUUGGGCAAGCUCAUGACCAACUUGAGGAGCACUCACCCUCACUUUGUGCGUUGUCUGAUUCCUAACGAGUCCAAGAUUCCAGGUCUUAUGGAUAACCACCUGGUUAUCCAUCAGCUUAGGUGCAACGGUGUUCUGGAAGGCAUCAGAAUCUGCAGAAAGGGUUUCCCUAGCAGAAUCCUGUAUGGUGACUUCAAGCAAAGGUACAAGGUACUGAAUGCUAGCGUCAUCCCAGAGGGACAGUUCAUUGACAACAAGAAGGCUUCCGAGAAGCUCUUGGGCUCAAUUGAUGUGGACCACACUCAGUACAAAUUUGGACACACUAAAGUGUUCUUCAAAGCUGGCCUGCUGGGUACCCUUGAGGAGAUGAGAGAUGAGAAACUGGCUGCCCUUGUGACCAUGACUCAGGCAAUGUGCCGUGGAUACCUCAUGAGGAAGGAGUUUGUGGUCAUGACGGCACAGAGAGAUGCUGUUUACACCAUCCAGUAUAAUGUCCGCUCAUUCAUGAAUGUCAAGCACUGGCCAUGGAUGAAAGUAUACUACAAGAUUAAGCCUCUCUUGAAGAGUGCUGAAACUGAGAAGGAGCUCGCUCAGAUGAAGGAAGACUUUGCAAAAUGCAAAGACCAGCUGGGUAAAGUUGAGGCCAAAAAGAAGGAACUUGAAGAGAAGAUGGUUUCUCUGCUGCAGGAAAAGAAUGACUUGCAAUUACAAGUGGCUUCUGAGUCAGAAAACCUUGCUGAUGCUGAGGAAAGAUGUGAAGGCCUGAUCAAGAGUAAAAUUCAACUGGAGGCCAAGCUAAAGGAGACAACUGAGAGGCUGGAGGAUGAAGAGGAAAUCAAUGCUGAGCUCACUGCUAAGAAGAGGAAAUUAGAAGAUGAGUGCUCUGAGCUGAAGAAAGAUAUUGAUGACUUGGAGCUCACCUUGGCCAAAGUGGAGAAGGAGAAACAUGCCACUGAGAAUAAGGUGAAGAAUCUGACAGAGGAGAUGGCCUCUCAGGAUGAGAGCAUUGCCAAGCUGACCAAGGAGAAGAAGGCUCUCCAGGAGGCUCACCAGCAGACACUGGAUGACCUGCAGGCAGAAGAGGACAAAGUCAACACUCUGACCAAGGCCAAGACUAAGCUUGAGCAGCAAGUGGAUGAUCUUGAGGGCUCUCUGGAGCAAGAGAAGAAGCUCCGUAUGGACCUUGAGAGGGCCAAGAGAAAGCUUGAGGGAGAUCUAAAACUGGCUCAGGAAAACAUCAUGGACCUGGAAAAUGACAAGCAGCAAUCUGAAGAGAAGCUGAAAAAGAAAGAUUUCGAGACAAGCCAGCUCCUCAGCAAGAUUGAGGAUGAGCAGUCCUUGGGAGCUCAGCUUCAGAAGAAGAUUAAGGAACUCCAGGCUCGUAUUGAGGAAUUGGAGGAGGAGAUUGAGGCUGAGCGUGCUGCCAGAGCCAAGGUUGAGAAACAGAGGGCUGAUCUUUCUAGGGAACUUGAAGAGAUCAGCGAGAGGCUGGAGGAGGCUGGUGGUGCCACUGCAGCUCAGAUCGAGAUGAACAAGAAGCGUGAGGCAGAGUUCCAGAAACUGCGUCGUGAUCUGGAGGAAUCUACUCUGCAGCAUGAGGCUACUGCUGCAGCUCUCCGUAAGAAGCAGGCUGACAGUGUAGCUGAGCUAGGAGAACAGAUUGACAACCUUCAGCGUGUCAAGCAGAAGCUGGAGAAGGAGAAGAGUGAAUAUAAAAUGGAGAUUGAUGAUCUCUCUAGCAACAUGGAGGCUGUAGCCAAGGCAAAGGGCAAUCUUGAAAAGAUGUGUCGCACCCUUGAAGACCAGCUCAGUGAACUCAAGACCAAGAAUGAUGAGAAUCUGCGUCAAAUUAAUGACAUCAGCGCUCAGAAAGCAAGACUUCUCACUGAAAAUGGUGAGUUUGGUCGGCAGAUUGAGGAGAAGGAAGCCCUCAUUUCCCAGCUUACUAGAGGAAAACAGGCCUUCACUCAGCAGGUUGAGGAGUUGAAGAGGCAGAUUGAAGAGGAGGUUAAGGCAAAGAAUGCCCUAGCCCAUGGUCUGCAGUCUGCCCGCCAUGACUGUGACCUGCUGAGGGAGCAGUUUGAGGAGGAGCAGGAGGCCAAGGCUGAGCUGCAGCGUGGCAUGUCCAAGGCCAACAGUGAAGUGGCUCAGUGGAGAACCAAGUAUGAAACUGAUGCCAUCCAGCGCACUGAGGAACUUGAAGAAGCCAAGAAGAAGCUUGCCCAGCGUCUCCAGGAAGCUGAGGAGCAGAUUGAGGCUGUGAAUUCCAAGUGUGCCUCUCUUGAGAAAACCAAGCAGAGACUCCAAAGUGAGGUUGAAGACCUCAUGAUUGAUGUUGAGAGAGCCAAUGGCAUGGCUGCCAACCUUGACAAGAAGCAGAGAAACUUUGACAAGGUGCUGGCUGAGUGGAAGCAGAAGCAUGAGGAGGGACAGUCUGAGCUGGAGGGUGCUCAGAAAGAGGCCCGUACCCUCAGCACUGAGCUCUUCAAGAUGAAGAACUCUUAUGAGGAGGCUCUGGAUCAGCUAGAGACCAUGAAGAGGGAGAACAAGAACCUGCAGCAGGAGAUCUCCGACCUGACUGAACAGAUUGGUGAGACUGGUAAGAGCAUCCAUGAGCUGGAGAAGGCCAAGAAAACAGUAGAGACUGAGAAGGCUGAGCUCCAGACUGCUCUGGAGGAGGCAGAGGGUACCUUGGAGCACGAGGAGUCCAAGAUUCUGCGUGUGCAGCUGGAACUGAACCAGGUCAAGAGUGAGAUUGACAGGAAGCUUGCUGAGAAAGACGAGGAGAUAGAGCAGAUCAAGAGGAACAGCCAGAGAGUCAUUGAUUCCAUGCAAAGCACUCUGGACUCCGAGGUCAGGAGCAGGAAUGAUGCCCUGAGAAUCAAGAAGAAGAUGGAGGGAGACUUGAAUGAGUUGGAGGUUCAACUGAGCCAUGCCAACCGCCAAGCUGCUGAGGCCCAGAAACAGCUGCGCAUUAUCCAGGGACAGAUGAAGGAUUCCCAACUCCAGCUUGAUGACGCUGUCAGGGCUCAGGAUGACCAGAAGGAGCAAGUUGCCAUGGUAGAGCGCAGAAAUGGCCUGAUGUCUGCUGAAAUUGAGGAACUGAGGGCUGCCCUUGAACAGACUGAGAGAAGCCGCAAAAUGGCUGAGCAGGAGCUGGUUGAUGCCAGUGAGCGCGUGGGUCUGUUGCACUCUCAGAACACAAGCCUUCUGAACACUAAGAAAAAGCUUGAGAGUGACCUGGUCCAGAUUCAGAGUGAGGUUGAUGACAUUGUUCAGGAAGCCAGAAAUGCUGAGGAGAAAGCCAAGAAGGCAAUCACUGAUGCUGCCAUGAUGGCUGAGGAGCUGAAGAAAGAGCAGGAUACCAGUGCUCACUUGGAGAGAAUGAAGAAGAACUUGGAGGUCACUGUCAAGGACCUGCAGCACCGUCUGGAUGAGGCAGAAAACCUUGCCAUGAAGGGUGGAAAGAAGCAGCUUCAGAAACUGGAGUCUAGGGUGCGUGAGCUGGAAUCAGAGGUUGAGGCUGAGCAGAGGCGUGGUGCUGAUGCUGUGAAGGGAGUUCGCAAGUAUGAGAGAAGGGUCAAAGAACUCACCUACCAGACGGAGGAGGACAAGAAGAACAUCAACAGGCUGCAGGACCUGGUAGAUAAGCUGCAGCUCAAAGUGAAGGCAUACAAGAGGCAGUCUGAGGAGGCUGAGGAGCAGGCCAAUUCUCACCUGUCCAAGCUCAGGAAAGUCCAGCAUGAGCUGGAGGAGUCUGAGGAGCGUGCCGACAUUGCUGAGUCUCAGGUUAACAAGCUGAGAGCAAAGAGCCGUGACUCUGGAAAGGGCAAAGAGGCUGCAGAGUAA